CACUGUGCCAGCAUAUUGAACCUGUGUAUCACUGUGCCAGCAUAUUGAACCUGUGUAUCACUGUGCCAGCAUAUUGAACCUGUGUAUCACUGUGCCAGCAUAUUGAACCUGUGUAUCACUGUGCCAGCGUACUGAACCUGUGUAUCACUGUGCCAGCAUAAUAAAGCUGUGUAUCACUGCGCCAGCGUAUUGAACCUGUGUAUCACUGCGCCAGCAUAUUGAACCUGUGUAUCACUGUGCCAGCAUAUUGAACCUGUGUAUCACUGUGCCAGCAUAUUGAACCUGUGUAUCACUGUGCCAGCAUAUUGAACCUGUGUAUCACUGUGCCAGCAUAUUGAACCUGUGUAUCACUGUGCCAGCAUAUUGAACCUGUGUAUCACUGUGCCAGCAUAUUGAACCUGUGUAUCACUGUGCCAGCAUAUUGAACCUGUGUAUCACUGUGCCACAGGGCCUCUCCCCCAACUGCCAACAUGAUGAAGGAGUGCCUCCAGUUCCUCAUCGAGCCGGCGAAAAAAAUUAAGAUCCGCCUCAAGGAGUCUUGUAAGAAGGUGACAAAUGAGAAGAAUGAACCUUUAGCGGAGAGUCAGCUGUUUAUAAUGGAGCUGGCCAGGGAACUCAACAGACUGUGCCAGAGGUCAAAUGUCCUAGCCCACAUCUGGACCAAUGAAGACUCCUGGCCUCCCAGUGUGUGUAGAGAAUACAUAGUGGAGUGGGCUGCCGUGCUGGAGAAUAGAGUGCAGCCAAGGAGCAUCCAGACAGAGCUGCAGGCUAACAGGCCAGAGAAGAGGGAGUGGAACGGUCGCCUGUUGUGUAUGCUGGAGACAGGUGGAGAGUAUGACAUGGCAUCCCACAAACGGGUCAUCAUGGACUGGACACACCAGCUCAGAAACAAACUAGAGCCCAUUGUCUGGCCCGGUGAGCCCGUAUUGAUGAUGUUGGAUGAUCUGGAGUUCCAGUGGAGGAGGGGGCGUCUGCCGAACCUCCUCCCCGCCAUGGAGCUGGUCAUGUGGGCCGUGCUGAGUGCAGACAGCCCUGACAAGGAGGACGUAACCAAGCAGUGGCUGAUCAGAAAACAGAGGAGUCAGAAGAUUGAUGCAGCCCGCUACAUCCCCCAUAAUGUAUGGAACUGGAUCUGUGAUGCUGCAGAGGAAGUGACCCUUGACCCCAAGACAGCCAACCCUGACCUCAUCCUCUCCAACGGCGACAAGCGCAUGUGCUGUGGCCUGGAGCGGCGAGACAUCCCUAACUGCACGUGUCGCUUCGAUGGCUGGUGGUGCGCUCUGGGAAACGAGGGCUACACCUCUGGGCGCCAUUACUGGGAAGUUGAAGUGGGCAACCGGGACUGGCGGCUGGGGGUGGCUAAAGCUUCUGCCCAAAGGAAGGGUUAUAGUUCCCUCAACACAAAGACGGGCUACCUCACCCUGCGGCUGGAGAGGGGCUCAGACCUCAAGGCCCUGACGGUGCCUUCCACCCCGCUGGCCCAGAUGCUGGUCCCCAGGAAGGUGGGGGUCUACCUGGACUAUGAGCAAGGCCAGCUCUCCUUCUACAACGUGGAGAAGAGGUCCCACAUCUACACGUACAACGAGACCUUCACAGAGAGACUGUUCCCUGUGUUUGGGACUGUAGAGGUGGUGAAGGGUCUGGUGAUCAGGUCGGCACAGACCAGGGAACCCUGCCUCUGCCCUGGACCCUGUCUCUGGUGCUAAGCUAAGUGCUUAGAUAACAUAUCACAGCAUCUUUAAAACUGGUCCUGGAGAGCUAGCAUAGAGCUCGAUUCAAUCAGAUUAAGCGUAAACCCACGAUAGCUGACACCCACAUAGCUGGUGUUUUGGCG